AUGGGCAAAGGUACCGAUAAACUCUAUAUCACCCACUCCGAAUGGUCCUCCGCAGACGCCUUCUCCGCCAACGUCGGCGCCAACGCCUCCCGCUCCAACACCUCCCAGAUCCCCUUCCGCCGCCUCCCCUUCAACUUCUGCGCCGCCUCCCUCCAGCCGUUCAAGAACCCGGUCUGCACCGCCGACGGCACAAUCUUCGACGUCGAGGUCAUCUCCGCCUGGCUCGAGAAGCACCCGAACCAGAACCCGGUCAACUCCCAGCCCCUGCAAAAAAAGGACCUCAUCCGCCUCGUCUUUGCGCGCAAUGCAGAGGCCGACUCGCUGGGCGCCGGCCUGAGCGACGGUAAAGGCGAUCUCGUCGACCCCGUCACCUACAAGGUCUUCACCGACAACACGCACAUUGUCGCGAUCCGGCACGGCAGCUACGCCAAUGUCUUCGCGUGGGAUACCGUCGAGCGCAUGAACAUCAAGGCCAAGAUGUGGCAGGACCUGCUCGACGACCAGCCCUUUACGCGCGCCGACAUCAUCACCCUGCAAGACCCCCAGAACAUGGCGAGCCGAAACCUAGACCAGUUUAAGUACCUGCAAGACGGCGAGCAGGCGCAAUUGACAAAGGAGCAGCAAGAAGAACGGCAGGCCGGAAACAUCAACGCCGGCGCGCUGGGCAGCAUGGGAGACAAGGUGCUCAAGGCGAAAGCCGCCGUAGAAAAGGCGCGCAAGGCGAGGGAAGCAGGCGGCGACAUCAACAAGAGCUCAGGGGCGCUAGAAAGGGCGAAAAACACCGCUUCUUCUUCUGCCGCCGCACGGCAGCCCGCGAUACAAGACAAGAAGAUUACCGCCAACGCGGCGGCAUACACCACCGGCAAGGCCGCAGCCAGCUUCACCAGCACCGGCCUAACCCCCGAGACGAGCGGCGAGAGGGCGCUCCUCACCGACGAGGAGUUUAUGCUCAAGCCGAAGCGUGUCAAGGCCAAAGGCUACGCCAGGAUAGAGACCAACCUGGGCAACCUCACCAUCGAGCUCCAGACUGAGACGGCUCCCAAGGCGGUAUGGAACUUCAUCAGGCUCGCGCAGACAGGCUACUACCGGGGCGUCGCAUUCCACCGCAACAUCCCAAACUUCAUGAUCCAAGGCGGCGACCCCACAGGAACAGGAAAAGGAGGCACCAGCAUAUGGGGCAAGAAUUUCAACGACGAAUUCGACGGCCCAUUGACACACAAUGCGCGCGGCAUAGUCUCCAUGGCCAACAAAGGCAAAAACACAAACUCGUCCCAAUUCUUCAUCACCUACAAACCCACCCCGCACCUCGACCGCAAGCACACAAUCUUCGGCCGCAUCGAGUCCGGCCUCGACGUCCUCACCAAGAUGGAAGACGUCCCCACCGACGGCUCCAACCGGCCGCUCAACAAGAUCGUCAUCAAGGACAUUGUCGUCUUCGUCGACCCCUUUGAGGAGUUCCAGGCGCAGAAAAACGAAAAGGAGCGCCUCGACCGCCAGCAGGAGGAGAUUCAGCGACAGGGCGGCACCGAGGACGACAAGACGACGUGGACGGGCAAGCGGCUGAGGGGUGAUGGCACGUUUGACAAGCCUGACGCGAAGCAGAGCAUAGGCAAGUAUCUAGAUAAGGAGGCAAUGGGGCAGGCGUCAAAUAGCCGUACAAGAGGACGAGAUGAGGACACAGAUAAUGUAGACACGUGGGAGACACAGCCACGGAAAAAGAUGAAGUCGGGUGGUGGGUUUGGAAAUUUUGACAGCUGGUAG